AUGUUUUCGCCAUCCAUCUCCGUUUGUUUUCUUGAUGUUUUUUCUGAAGUGUCGUUUGGCAACGACAGGAUUUAAAAAUGGUCUCCGAUGGAAAUAAUUCCGAAGAGAAAGAACUGUUACUUCCGCAGAAGCACUUGUCGCCUGUCAUUCCUUCCUCGCUGAGAGAAUUCCGACAGCGAAUCUUAAAUUAGAACAUCUCUUUUCUCGACGGAUGUAAUUGAAGAGACGAAUGUUUGGAAAUACGAACUUUUACAAGCUGAAAGAAACUUUCGCUGUGAUCAAGAUUCGGUUGUUGAGGGACAUUUUCAUGAUCCUGUAACGAGACACUCGUUAGAAUCUUGAUAUCAUCUAAACUGACUAACUAAAAUGGUGCGAUUAUCCAUUUUCCGACUGGCUGAAACCGUGGCGAAAGAAAUAGCAGCCGCCAGUGCACCAGUUGUUGAUUCAUCUCUUCAACGGCUUCCACCUCUUCCAUCUCCCAAAGAUCUUCUUAAAUUGUACAAGAUUAGGGCUCAACGGCACCUUUCGCAGAAUUUUCUGUUGGAUUAUAGGAUUAAUAAUAAAAUUAUCACAAAAACUGGUAAAAUACAAAACUGUUUUGUUUGUGAAGUUGGACCUGGUCCUGGCAAUAUCACAAGAAGUAUCCUACAAAAUGGAGCGAAGCAUGUGAUUGUUAUUGAAAAAGAUAGACGUUUUUUACCAUCAUUGGAGCUUCUUGCUGAUGCCAGUGGUGGUAGAAUGAAAAUAAUACUGGCAGAUGUUAUGGAUGUAGAUUUAGAAAAUAUUUUACCUAGAACAUUAGCAUGUGAUUGGACAAUGCUUCCGCCACCUCUUUUCAUUAUUGGAAAUCUACCUUUCAACAUCUCUACUCCACUUAUCAUCAAAUGGCUGAGACACUGUUCCAAACAUACUGGCCCUUUUAUACAUGGUCGAACACGUUUAACACUCACUUUUCAAAAAGAAGUGGCUCUUCGAAUGGUGGCUGAUGUAGAUAGCGAAUAUAGAAGCAGACUGUCUAUCAUGUGUCAGUAUUUGUGCAGUGUAAAACAUUUAUUUAAUAUUCCAGGAAAAGCAUUUUUUCCAAAACCUGAAGUUGAUGUAGCUGUGGUGAAAUUCACACCUAGAAUUCGACCUCUGAUUGAUCAACCUUUUGAACUUGUGGAGAAAGUUGUUUCAACAAUAUUCCAUCAUCGACAGAAAUUUUGUCGCUAUGGCAUUACGAAUCUUUUUCCACCUAACAGACCAGAACUAGUUGAAGAAAUGAUCAAUAAAUCAAAAGUAAAUCCAGAAAAAAGAUCUUUCAGUUUGGAAAUGGAAGAGUUUAGAGCUUUGUGUAAUGUUUAUAGUGACAUAUGUAAAAAUAACCCUGACAUUUUAGAAUAUAAUUAUUUGAUCCACAAAAGGAAUUAUUCUAUGUUUGAUGAGGAAGAUGAUUCAUCUCAGACUGAUAUAAAAGUUGAUAGUGAUCUUGAAGAUCAUAAAAUGUAAAUAAGUAUAUAAUAAAUGUAUGAAAAUUCUGGUACCAUGCAUCAAUUUCAUUUUAAGUU